AAAACUCAAAAAAUAUACAAAAAAUAAAUAAAUCAAGAACACAUUUUUUUUUCAAAGAUUCAUCAAUGGAAAUAUUCAAGAGAAACAUGGGGACUCUUCGAGACGAAUUCGAAGGUGACGAUUUUUACGAUGAGUUAAGAAGACAAAUGUUAAUACUAACAACAGAAGAUGAAGAAGAUUAUGUUCAACAAUCAAAUGAUCAAUUCAAGAAUUCAAAAAGAGUAGAAAUGAAAUCUUUAGUGUUACAACAACCUAAAGGAAUUCAAUUUUAUUGGUAUGGAGAUAAAGAGGAUUAUAAUAAAGUUCCAAAAUGGUUAUUGGAUUUAUGGAGUAAAGGAAAUAGAGAUGAAGUGUUAAAUGGAACAGGAGUUUUUAUUCCACAUAUUGUCAAAUCAAGAAGAAGAAAUAAAUCAAGAAGGAAGAAUACUGAAAGAGGAAAAAUAUACAAGCCAGUGUCAACAGGAAACUGUUGAUCAAUCAAUAAUUAUAGUUUUAAUCAUCAAAAAUAAAUUAUGAAGUUUUGAUGUAUUGUAUUAGCCAUGUAAAAUAUUUAUUAGAUUUAUUUAUGAAUUUAAAAGGCACGUCUCCAUAAGAUCUACCGUAGAAUUACACAGAAUAUAUUGUUAUUGUAAUCACCUGAAUAUAUGAAGUUUUUUUCAUUAACAAACAACAAUUGCAACCAACAGAGUUGUACAUACAACGACCAACGUUUUACUAAGGACUAUCUUCAAAUAGGUAACUGACAUACCUAGUACAAGAAAAUAGCUAAAGCUAAGAUAAUAGUAUACAGAUCACACUAUAUGCUGUCAUAGUGUGAUUUCGAGUGAAAGACUUUUGAAAGUUGUGAACUUACUAUAUAAUGACUUAUCUUCACAAUUUCAAAGGUGUAGGAAAA